CCUAAAUCUGUCAAAACAGAACCCCUUAUGGCCAGGUAAUUAAAGUUCCCUCUCACCUGGACGAGCGAGGUGUAUUUGGCCCUGGUUUUAGGGUAUUAAAGUGACUAUGCCAGGAUGGUAGACUGUCCGGGCAGUCUGCAGCAGCUGGUUGUGGAGUUCAUUGCCAGCCACGUCACGGAUGUCUGCACCUCCCAGCCAUCUCUCACCGAUGACACGCAAAGGCUACAGUUCAGGGACUCCAAUGCGUUUUUUCACCAGAAAGUUGCGAAUCUGCUUCUCCUGACACUGGACCGAAAGGGUUUGCUCAGCGACCUGAGCAUGACCCUAUUUGACCCCGUGGCGGUCCGACUGAGCCAGGUCAACCUCCACAACGCCGAUAAUGUGACUUGUAAGGGACUGCGGAUGCUUAGGAGUCACCAAAUACAGUCGGUGGAAGUGAAAAACCUAUCCAAGGUGUCUGUGGACGAACUGAUCAGCUGUUUCGGUGAGUGGACUCUGAACAACAUCCAGGAGCUGAGCGUGAGCGGGUCGUCCUUCUCCUCGCCGCAGUCGCAGAAGGGUGCGGCCUCGCCUAGGCUCUACGUCGGCCUCAGCAAGCUCAGGAACCUGCAUGUGUUGAACGUCAGCGGCACGAAACUCGCAUCGCACGCCCUCCUCAACAUCUGCACUGACCUGAAGCACCUCACCUCGCUGGACAUCUCAAACUGCAAUGAGCUGGAGUCGGUGGAGUGCCUCAGGAUACGCGCCAAGACCCUACGCUCCCUCAACAUGUACAACCUUAAGGUCCUACGCGUUAAGGAGACCGGGGAAGUUUUACGAGACCUCCGGGAACUCGUGCAUCUUGACGUCAGUGAGAAUAAGAACAACCACGACCUUCUGACGCGCCUCAUUCCCUCCUGCUCUGUGGUCCCGGCGCUACUGCGAGAUCCGUUCUUCGGCCCUAAGCUGCGGUCCUUCGAUAUCUCCGGCCAGGACCAGACCCAGCCCGAGGAUCUUCACUACUUCCUUAAGGGUCAUCCGAACCUUGAGUUUUUGGGGCUGAUGCUCACGUCUCUCUGCCUCGACACGAUCUUCCUCGACGGGUUUAAUAUUACCGUUACGGGGGUGGCGAGGGCGGACCAGCUGGUGGAGGCGCUACGCAGGUACCCGUCCAGGAUAGAGUACGUCCCCAAGAUCCUCUACAAGAUCUUCAUGCUCACUACGCACUUUGAGAACCCACGCCCCGAUGUGAUAAAGCUGAUCCUGCCCGUCAUGAACACCCACAGUAGUCAGAGCGCCAUCCAGCUUGCAGGGACGGCUUGCCUCUACAACCUGACGAAGGCGCACGUCGGGGAGCAGAUCCACCCACACCUCCUGCGGGAUAUGGUGCACACAACGCUCACUGCCAUGAACAACUUCCCCGAGCAUGCUCAGCUCCAGAAGAAUGGCCUCCUCACCCUCUGCUGUGAUCGCAUCCUACACGAGGUCUCCUUCGACAAGUACUGGUGUGCCCGCCUCGUCCUCGACUGUCUCCUAACCUUCAACGACCCCUCCACAGACCGCAUGGCCGUCGCUAUCUGCUCAAUCAUAGCCGCCAAGAUAUCUACCGCCCAGACCACGCUUCUCGGUGCCAAGAAUGAAUACAUGCAGAAGUUGCUCACUCUAGUCAAAAGGCGGAUGGAGGAGAAGACGGUGGACAUGACCCUUAAGUUUACCCUCUCGGCCCUGUGGAACCUGACGGACGAGUCCCCGGCUACCUGCGAGGUGUUCUUGAAGGAGAAUGGCCUUGAACUGUUCCUGCAGCUGCUGAAGGUGUUUGCCAAGGACGCUGCCGUGGAGACGAAGGUGCUUGGUCUCCUCAACAACAUAGCAGAGGUGUCCCCGCUUCGUGGUGCGCUCAUCAACAAAAGCUUCCUCACCCAGCUGGAGUUGCUGCUCUGGUCCCCUAACGUUGAUGUGAGUUACUUCGCUGCUGGAAUCGUCGCCCACUUGGUGUGUGCUGGAAAGGACUCUUGGAAGGACCCCACAACCGGCCGAGAAAGCCUCCUGGAAGAGCUCGGCAAGGUGGUCAUCAGUUGGGAGCAGCCGAAGGAGGAGAUGGUGGCCUACCGUUCCUUCCAGCCCUUCAUCCCCCUCCUGACGGCCCUCAACAUGUACCAGGUUCAGCUGUGGGCCGUCUGGGCACUGCAUCACGUCACCACCAAGAACAGCAAGCGUUACUGUCACAUGUUGGUACGGGAAGGAGUUGACGACGUCCUACGCAAGCUAGUCAGCCUCCCGGACUCUAAUGCCUCAGUCCGAGAGUUGGCUGGGAGGGUAGUGGACGUUCUGCAGGAGAACGGCUUCACUAAGGACCUAUAAUGGAAGCUUUGACCCUGCUAGUACCCCAGGAUCCUCACUCAAGGGGUAUCGUGCGCCCCUUCUACCUACCAGCCAGCCGACCCAUCACUCAAGUCCUCAUCGUCAUCAUCAUCCCUCUCGGUGUCCCUAUCUUCUUUCUUGCUCCUGAUUAUGUUUUCUCUCGACGGUGGCGGCGGUGUGUUUCGUGUCAUUUGUGUUGCGUAUGUUGCUCGUCGUGUUGUGUUGUGUGGGGGGGGGGUGUCAAGCGUCAUCCCCGAACAUGCGUUGUAACAGCACAUCAGGAAGGGUGUUUUUUGACCUGUGACCUUGUUGCGGUGUGGGAUAGACCAGCCCGUGUCAUUGGGAGGCUGUGAUGGAGUGGACAGAAUGGAGAGGAGGAGGAUAAUUAAUAAAGUACGAAUUAGUGAUCCAAGAAUUGUAGACCUGACAGAAGGGAAAGGAAGGUUGUCAUGGUGAGUUAGAGAGUGAACGAAGAGAACGGAAUUGAGAUAGUGGAUAGAAGGGAGAGGAGGAAUUAUUAUCAGAAGAGGAAGCAUGUAUUACAGACCCAAGAAUUAUAUAUGAAAAGACCUGACAUACGGGAGAGGAAGGUUGUCAUUGUGAGUUAGAGAGUGAGUGCAGAGGUUGUGGUUGUAGGAAAUUGAAUGAGAGAGUUGCCAGGAGGUGUUGAUGCUGUGGUUGUGAUGUCGAGGAUGGCAUAACACACUGAAGUCACACCAGGGCAUUAUACAUAUUAACCCAGUAGGAGCAGGGAUCAUGUUUCUUAAUGGUCCCUCCAAGCGAGAAAAAUGAGAAAAAAUCACCCCUCACACAAACCAGUUCAUAAUAUAUAUCGAAGCAUUUGUGAUCAGAUUAUGUAUCAUCUAUUUUGGGGUUUAUAUCAUGGCACAAAUUUGGCCCGUCGCUGCUACACGGGGAAGCCACAAAUUUGGCCUGUCGCUGCUACACGGGGAAGCCACAAAUUUGGCCCGUCGCUGCUACCGGGUUAAG